UUAAUUGUUUGGAAUCGUCGUAUUCCAUCGUUAUUAGAUAAUUAAUUGACCUUGGAUGAAUUUAAAUUCAUUUAAGAGACCAAAACUAUUAUUUAUGUUGUAAUAGGCGUUAGAAUGAUUAAUUAGCUUUAAGUCGUCAAUGAAUGAAAAUGUCGCAAGAUAAGAAUAUUGUUGAUACAUCUAAUGAAAAAGUAAACGAUGGAAUUCGUAAACGUAUUGAAAAAAACAAAGAAAGGGCUUUGCUUUUAAGAAAAGCGAAAGUAGUUUCACAUCCUCCUAAAAGAACGGAUAACCAGAAUGGAAUCACAGGAAAAGUUAUUAAGGUUCAAGGGCAGAAGGUUAUCGAUAGCGGAGCUGGUUUCCUUAUUGAAGAGAACGAUGAUCUCGAAGCUGCUAUGUGUUCCAUUAAUCCACCAGCGCCAAUAAUUAGCAAAUUACCAGAAUGUCAAGAAUGUAAAAAAGAAUUUAAGGAUUCGUUUCUUCUUCAAAAGUUUGAUUACUUAGCGUGCGAUAAUUGCAGAGAUAACGACGAUAAGCAUUCCUUAAUAACUAGAACAGAAGCUAAACAAGAAUAUCUAUUGAAAGACUGCGAUAUCGAUAAGAGAGAGCCGCCUCUCAAAUAUAUAUUACGUAAAAAUCCACAUAACGUGCACUGGGGCGAGAUGAAACUUUAUCUUCAAAUACAAAUUGAAGAAAGGGCCCUUCAGGUUUGGGGUAGCGAAGAGGCACUUUUGGAAGAGCGCGAGAAACGGGAGAGCAACCGACAAGAGGCUAAAAUUAAAAAGUUUAAUAGAAAAGUAAAAAAAUUACGAAUGGAAGUAAGAAGCUCAUUAUAUGAUAAAACGAAAAAAGCAUCUCAUACUCAUCAAUUUGGCGAAGAUACUUACAACGAGGACGAUGACACUUAUACGCACACCUGUACCACAUGUGGAUUUGAAGAUACUUAUGAAAAAAUGUAAAGCUAUAUUUUUUUUGUAAAUUAAUUAUUUAAUUUCGUAAUUUUAUGUAAUUCUUGGAUAUUCCAGAAACCUCGUAUGCAUGUUAAGAUUUAUAAUAUAAAAUUUUUUACAAGUAAAUUAAAAAAUAA